UCAAAAUAAUUUAAAACUAAAUUUGGAUCUCAUCUACCAGAAAUUUGUUAACAAUAAAUACGUUUUUAUAUUUUAUUAUUUCACCACUACAUAUAUAACACACGACGACCACUCUCAUAAUAUUAUAACCUCUAAUUUCAAAACUCACUUCCUUUCACACAAUGCCUUCCUCCAUCUCUCUCCUCCUCACAACCGCCGUCUCCUCCGUGAUCCUCCUCUUCUCCACCGUCUCCUCCGCGGCGCCAGUUCCGAACGUCCACCAUCCAUUCAACAAAAUCUACGCCUUCGGCGACUCUUUCACCGACACCGGAAACUCACGCUCCGGAGAAGGACCAGCCGGAUUCGGACACUUGUCAAGUCCUCCAUACGGCAUGACUUAUUUCGGACGGCCAACGAACCGUUACACCGACGGCCGUCUCGCCAUCGACUUCGUGGCACAGUCGAUGAACCUACCGUUUCUGCCACCGUAUCUUGGCCUGAGAUCAACCAAAGGUAGUAACGGCACGGCCAGGGAUACUCACGGCGUUAACUUCGCCGUCUCUGGAGCUACGGUGAUCAAACACGCGUUUUUCGUGAAGAACAAUCUAACGCUUGAUAUGACUCCUCAGUCUAUAGAAACAGAGCUUGGCUGGUUCGACAAGUAUUUAGAGACACUUGGAAACGAUCAGAAGGUUUCGUUGUUUAAAGAUUCUCUCUUUUGGAUCGGAGAAAUCGGAGUUAACGAUUAUGCCUACACCCUUGGAUCUACUGUGUCAAGCGAUACCAUUAGACGACUUAGCAUUUCAACUUUUACAAGGUUUUUGGAGACAUUGUUGAACAAAGGUGUGCAAUAUAUGUUGGUACAAGGACAUCCGGCAACUGGAUGCUUGACGUUAGCAAUGUCAUUAGCCGCAGAAGAUGAUCGGGACAGUCUAGGAUGUGUGAAGAGUGCCAAUAACCAAAGUUACAUUCACAAUCUUGCUCUUCAAUCGAAACUUAAACAACUUAGGAUUAAGUAUCCGAAUGCCACAAUAGUCUACGCAGAUUACUGGAACGCGUACCGUGCGGUGAUUCAAAACCCUGGCAUGUACGGCAUCACCGAGAAGUUCAAGGCGUGCUGUGGAACCGGAGAGCCGUACAACUUUCAGGUGUUCCAGACGUGUGGGACGGCUGCAGCUACGGCGUGUAAAGAUCCGAGUCAAUACAUCAAUUGGGAUGGAGUGCACUUGACCGAGGCCAUGUAUAAGGUCAUGGCCGAUAUGUUCCUCGGCGGCACUUUCACUCGUCCUAGAUUUAGUAACUUGUUGAUCAAGAAACUAAACAGUUUAUAAAAGAAUUUUUUAAAGAGUAAACUAUUAUGCUUUUAGGUUACAAAAGUCAUCCUCCCUCUUCUUACGCUGGUUUUUUUCUAGAAAUAUUUUAUUUAUCCAAAUGUAGUAGUAUACUCUUUUGAUUCACAAAAAUUAUAAUGAGCGUUGUUUAGGUCUCUACUUAAUUAGCAAUAGUCUAAGUAGUAAAGCCCACGUCCAAUAUUGUAAGAGCCCCAGCGAAACUCCAGAAGCAACGUCGACGAAUUGAACAGAACUCCACAAUAAUCUAAAAGUUAAGUUGUGCAAUAGACUUCAGAGUUCAGAAUAGCUCUUUAUCUAGAAAAGGCCCACUAUAUUUAUGUAUUAGUUUUAAAAUAUGUUAAUGUUUGUCCCACAUCGGUGAAGAGGAGUUUUUGAAGACCAUAAUAUUUUUAACCAUAAUAUUUUGUCCCAUA